CAGCAACCUCGACCUCCGUCAGAGAUUGCAUCUUGCCCAUGCCAAUAUGCAAGCAAACAUGCCGUUGUCCGGUGUUCGUAUUAACAGGGAGAUGGAUUUCUACACUGCCCUGUUGCGCACUGGAUUCGGCGCCAUUACAAUGGCGAGUGAAGCUGUAUAUCUUAACGAGGAUAGGGAUGUCAGUCUGGCGUCCUCUACGUGGAUCGAAGAUGAGAGGUUUCGGGAACUGGAAGAACUCCGUAGGCAAUGGCUUGGCGAAGAAUUCGGGUCCCGCCACGAUCCUACCGGCACAUCCAUCCUGUUACCAGUAACGAAAGGCAGGGCUCUGGCGAAGAGUGGUUUUGAUCGAGAGCGUGCUGCUCAAAAAUUGCCCAAGACCAUUUCGGGGGAAGGCAGACUGCGAGACGGCAUCGGCGCCGCCGAGAGGAGCGGCAGAUGGUUGAUGGCUUUAGAUUUUGUCCUCAAUACCAGCAAACUGGUGGUCAGAACGACGACAGGCCUGGCCAUCCGACUCCUCUCCCGCCUUGGUAUGCGCAUACCACGAUGGCUUCUGUGGAUGGCUCAGAGGCCGAAACAACAGGGUGAGACGGCCGGAACGGGCACUGGACAUCGAUCUACAGCUUCUCACAGCUUUCAAGGGGGUAUAGCAGGGGGCGUUGACAUACCCUUGACAGAUGCUGUGGAUGUUGAGGCCGAGUUCAGGCAGCGAGCAUGGUCAGCAACGCAGAGCUGUGUUCCCUUGAACGAAGUCGACCUGGACUCUGAGCUGUAUCGCUGGUGGCUGGGAGGUGGCUGGUGGGGAACCGCAGAUAUGAGCGGUGACUAUGACCCCAAUGCCGACUCUGACUACGACGAUGACGAUACAACAAGCGUUUUGUCAAUAGCGACACACGACGACAAUGAAGAUGCUUGGGAAUCAGAAGAUGGGGGCGGUCAGAAGACGCCCACGCGGAAUUCGACUCAGCUCAAGUAUGAGACGAGCUUUGCACAUGACAAUCCCAUGCAGCUCGACGACCUGGUACGGCUUUUAAAUCCGGCGACUCCUGAGGAUAAAGAAGAGGCUGUUGCGUUGGCUGCUCACCUGGGCAGUAGAGAUGUAUUGACCAGAUCACAAUACCGCAGCCUCCAACAUCGCCGCCGAGUGGAGAUACUCAACCCCAAUGCAUCCGCAGAAACUGAUCUAGCACGAAGCACGAGAUUGACCCCACAAGAAGAAACCGAAUUGCUCGAGAGGCUCAUCAUAUCACGACGCCGACUGCGUCGAGAGCCGCAAGCUGAGGCGCAUACCUCUUGGUCUGAUGGUGCAGCCGGAUUCGGGUCAGAUGGACCGCAGUGCGUAGUCUGCCAGAGCAUGCCCAGGACUAUCAUAGUGUGGCCCUGUCGUUGUCUAAGUUUGUGCGACGACUGUCGCGUGUCGUUGGCCAUGAACAACUUUGACAAAUGCGUGUGCUGUCGGCGCGAGGUCAUAAGUUUCAGCAGGAUCUUUGUUCCUUGAAAUUAAGUCGAAUUAAAGGGGUUGUGUAUGGCAUUUGCCUACUACAGGAUCUUUCUCUUAUC